AUGAUGAGACUCUUAUUUUCUGUCCUUCUCUUAGCCAUAACCAGUCCUAUCUUGGCGGCCACUACCAUCACUACGACUCUUGUCGACUCGGUGACUUCUCCAACUACUACUACUAUUGUAACCACCACUACUCAGGAAGCCAUUACUGUUGAAACCAUCACAUCUACUGUGACUGAUGUUGAGACCGUCUACGUCAGCCUCGUCACCGUCGAAACAGCAACCUCUGGGGAAGCUGUCACCGUCACCGUUCCGGGAACUUUGUCCUUAACCACCUCCAUUAUUAGUGAAACUGAGACAGUAACUAUCACUAACGAAUUGACAGAAACUUAUACUAUAACCCUGAGUACUACUUUUGUUACAAUCACUUCCACAAAAGCAUGCCCUACUGUGUAUAAGAGAGAUGAAUCUCUCGCAAUCGUAUUAAUGACCACCACCAUCAAUGUAUGUCCGGAUAACACUACUAAAAGUCUCACUAACUCCACAUCUCUUCCUACUUUAGCCCAAAACACGACCACUUCCAGUGUUUCCUCCUUUUCUGCUUCCUCCUCUUCUAGUACAGAAGAAACCGUGACAGUCACUCAGUUUAGCACCACUAUUGAUAUUGAUUUGCAAACCGUCACCUAUGUUGUCUCUACCGGUAUUCCAGCCGUUACCACCGACACCACCGUAACUGUUGCUAGCAGCACCCAGAAUACUGUCACCUCUACCUCCACCACUUAUGUUGUUGAUCCAGUGGUCAUUGUGUCGGUUGACCAAACUCACAUUGUUUCUGUCACAAACAUGGUGACUGCCACCACCGAAGUCACGUCAACAAUGUCGUACACUCUCACCCAAUUGGCUACUGUGACAUUGACCACCACAGUUUGUCAGCAAGUCACAUUCGACAGAAGAGACAAUUUGCCAGAAGUCACUGGUACUACCACUUCAACCAUUACUACUUACUUAUGUUCUGAUGCUACCACUAAAAAUUCUGCUUCGUCUGCAAUGCAAACCUCUCACCCUACAGGUAUAAAUAGCAGCAGCACCGCCUUGACCACCACUCUCACCAGUUUGAAUCAGACUGCUACAGCGGUUUUAUCAAUUGUUGAUGGUACAAAUUACAGUACAGGGGUCACUGUGGUUACUCUAACCAUUGAUGGUACUGUCACUUCUUACACCACCUACUGCCCAUUAUCGGAUAUCAUUACGGGUGCUACUGAUGUUUUUGGUCCAAAUAUAUCGGCUACUAUUACCGGUAAUUCUGGAUCUUUCAUUUCAAAGGGAUCAGUUAAUUCAGCUAGUAAACCUAGUACUAAUACCACAGUUGGUGUGAUCACAUCAUUUUCUGCAAUGGCUUCUUCUCCAAUCAAGGGCAGUAACAAUAUUUUUUUUUCGGCUAUCUUUGCAGGUAUGGUUGGUUUGUUGCUUACUCUUUGA